AUGUCUUCUCAGCCAGAGUCCUCACAAUCGUCCCACGUACAUGAUUUAGUGGAUCAGAACAAGACUCAUUUCAAUGCAAUAGCCAAAUCGUACGAUACUCAUCCUACGCGAUCUAUGAUUGGUAGGAAAUGUGGAGAGGCUAUUAUUCGCGAAUAUGGUCAUUUAUUCGAUGCAAAUACAACCGAAGUCAUGGACUUUGCCUGUGGAACAGGCUUGAUAUCUGAGAAACUAGCCUCUUACUCAAAAUACAUACUCGGCGUUGAUGCAGCGCAGGGAAUGGUGGAUGUAUACAAUCAGAAAUGUUGGCAGCAGGGAAUAGACAAGACAGAAAUGGAGGCGGUCUGUCAAAUGUUGACUGAUGAAGCAAGUGAAAAGGGUGAUCAGUUGAAUGGGAAGAGAUUCGAUAUCGUUGUGUGUUCUUCAUCCUAUCAUCACUUUUCCUCUACACAGGAUAUUACGCGUAUCCUCGCCUCGUAUCUCAAACCUUCAGGACAUCUGAUAGUCCUCGAUCUGAAGUACGAUGAAAAGACUUCUCCUAAAUUCCAUUCGUGUGGUAAACAUAAUAAUGCCGUUACCUCGCAUACGCAUAAACACGAAGACGGCAAACAUGUGGAUGCCGUAGCCCAUCGAGGAGGAUUCAAUCUUGAAGACGUUAAAAGUAUGUUUGAAAAUACAAAUGUUUUAGACAACAUACGAGUGGAAAUCGCGUUUACUUUUGAGAAGUUUGUUGAAAGUGAUGAAAAAAAUUACGAGUUUGAGUACUGGAUCGCUUCUGGAAGGAAAUUUUAA